AUCAUAAAAUCUGUAAUCGCUGAUGUUGCAGAAAUAUGUGCGGUGUGCCACCUCGCCAUACUCGAGCGGUACUUCCUCGUACUUGAGCAUCGCUCCUACCAUCCUCAAUGCUUGCGUUGUGCUCUUUGUCAUUGUGGACUAUCCUAUGAGCCUACUUGCUACGUAAAAGAUGGACUUGUACUAUGCCGUCGAGAUUACACCGCAAAGUUUCGAAAAACGUGCGCCAAGUGUCGAUUACGACUGGAAAAUGAUGAUGUAGUGAUGAGAGCACGUGACGCCGUCUUCCAUGUGCACUGCUUUUCAUGUGUUGUAUGCGACACUCCCCUGAAUGCCGGUGACAUCUUUACGAUGACUGAGCGUGGCGAAAUCUUCUGUCAAAAUCAUCAUGAUUUGCCUCAACUUGAAGAGCAAAGGCUUGCUAUUGAUCGUAAGGAGGAUUCUGACGAGCAGGAAGGUUAG